AUGGGGAACCACAUUGCAACUAUCAACAAAUCAAAGCACAAAGAGCAUAAAAUUCUGGAAUUUUACAAAGAUAGGAUUCCAAUCAAACCUGGAGGUGAAACAAUAGAAGACAUUUUAAAACAGUGGCAUGGCAAAUAUAAACUACUGGAAGAACAUGAUGGAUAUAUGCAAUGGUUAUUUCCUAGCCGUAAACAAAAAAGGAAUCCUAAUGUUGGUAUUCUCACUGCUUAUGAAGCAAAGGAAAUCCGUAAUACAAUUAUAUUGAAGAACAGAGCUUAUCGGGCUUUUUUGAUGAUGUUGGAUUUUUAUGGCAUGGAGAUGGUCGGCAAAAAUGAAUUUCAGCUGAAAUCCAAAUGGCUUGAGAGACUUGAUGACCUAAACAGAUACAAACACAACUUCAAGCGGAUAACAAGAAUUCUAAAGGCUCUUCGUGCUUUUGGUUACAAAGUAUUGAUGUAUCAUUGGCUGCGUUUUUUGGCACAACUGAUUUACCGUGAUGGGAAGCUGAUUGUUGCCAGUCAUAGUUUCCAAAAUUACUGGGUAAAAACACUUGGCAGAAAAUACAGAAAGAAGCUUUUGCGUUACAGACAAGAACUUUCUUCAAAAAAGUUUCCAUCAUGA